AUGAUCAUCCUCGAAGAAAAGUCAGAUACUUUGCUGGAUGUUUAUUCAAAUGAAAGAGCCAAGCCUUUCCAGAUGUUUGUUGAGCCUCAAAGCACCCAGAACAAACUUCGACUGCAGAGCGAUCCUGAAACAGUACAUGUAAAUUGGUUGAUUCGACAGUUCAACGGCCAGUCGCCUGGUUCCGCGGAAGAACUUGCGGUGCAGUAUUUCAAGCAGUGGAGAGUGAAUAUGAGAGAAAUAGCCUCGAAGAUGGAGUAA